GGAGCGGGAGAAACGCCCGGGGAGAACCGGCUGGAGGGGUCCCGCCAGCCUGAGAGACCGUCUGGCUGAGCUGGCAUCGCGUACUCAAAAUGAAGAUGGAGAAGCAACAGUCGUUGUCGAAAGUGACCAUUAUAUGGAAGACUUUUUCCUACAGGUCGAGGAAGUUAGAAAGUAUAUCUCCAAAAUCUCAGAUGUUGUGGAAGAAGUGAGGAAGAAGCACAGUGUUAUCCUCUCUGCCACACAUCCAAAAGACAAAACGAAGGAAGAACUCGAAGAACUGAACAAAGAAAUCAGAAAAACAGCAAAUAUAGUCCGUGCUAAAUUGAAGUCCAUGGAACAAAAUUUAGCUCGAGAGGAGAAUAUUAGUCGAACUUCGGCAGAUGUCCGGAUACGAAAAUCACAGCAUUCGGUGUUGACCCGGAAGUUUGUGGAUGUUAUGACAACAUACAACAGAACCCAGACCGUCUUUCGGGAACGUACAAAAGAUCAGAUACGGCGGCAGUUAGAAAUAACUGGAAAAACCACAACCGACGAGGAACUGGAAGACAUGUUGGAAAGUGGCAACCUUUCCAUUUUCACUUCUGACAUUAUUUUGGACACCAAAAUGACCAGAGCGGCUCUCGAUGAAAUUGAGUCACGUCAUAAAGAUAUUAUAAAACUGGAAUCAAGCAUCCAGGAGCUGCAUGAAAUGUUUAUGGACAUGGCGAUGCUUGUUGAGGUUCAGGGCGAAAUGGUCAACAGUAUUGAGAAGAACGUGAUGAACGCCGUGGACUACGUCGGGCACGCGAAAGAAGAGACGAGGAAGGCCAUCAAAUAUCAAAGCAAAGCUCGUAGAAGAUGGGAAAGUCAGUAGCUGUUAAGAGCUUGUAGGACUCUAAUGCUUGGAUAUCUGCAGAUCUGAACCAAAUGUGAAAGAAGCUGGAAAGCCUCUGAUAUGAACUCACUUUAAAGGCUGCUUUAAUUUACAUACAUGCACACCUAUAUAUGAUGAGUUGUAACUUCCAGUACAUCAGUGUUACCGGUCAGAAAUGAGUAGAUUCGUUACCCAGAAACGGUUUCUGCAGUUUGUCUUCAGCUCACCUAACGGUCUUGUUUGAAAUUAAAGCAGCCAUAUUUGCAGUUGACGGUAGUCCUAAAUGCUAUGUUUUAGAGGUAUGUUCCAUGAUAAUAACUGAAUUUAUCUUUAAGUAAAUGUGAUUAAGGUUGAGGCGUACAAUUGCUUUCUCUUGUCUCCAGUUUUAAUGUAUUUUAAAUCAACUUAAAACCACAUAAUAUUGGUAAACACAAUGUUUUAACAUUUUAAUAGCUUCAAGGCAACGGGUGGAAAUCUUAAGUGCCUCCUUUUUUUAGCAGUGAAUCCCUGAAUUAUUUUUGAAAAAUAUCAGCACUGUUGUUCAAUAAUGUUAGUUUACUUGUUGUAAAACACUGAUCUGGUUCACACAUAAAGCUGGAGCAAACCAGGGCUAGAAUUCAGUCCUCAUACUCAUCUGUCCUCUGGCUGAGCAAAAUUUUCUCCCAGAUUUUCUUCCCUUUUAUACCGAAAGUGGCUUGGCAUUACACUUGAGCCAGAGAUCCUAGUUUAAAGCAGACUCUGGUCAGUUAAACCAGCUAGCCAAUCAACCCAUACUUGACAUUGACAUGUUUUGAACUGACCAAAGUUAGUUUUAAACCAUCCCCUGUCAACUGAAGUUCGCAAUAAACCAGUUGCCCUUCAAAAUGAAAUUAACCUUGACUUGAUUCUUAUGAGCCAGACAGGUAGAGGACGAAGAAAGAACGUGGGGUCCUAAUUCUCAGCCAUCUUCCUGCUGCCGUGCAAAACUAACACUAAAUCCAGCUUUAGUGUAAUGCAUGAACCAAGCCUUUCUUGUCCUAAAGAUACACUGUGAAGUUUACUAAGCUAUUUUGUUUUGUGUGUGUCUAUUUCAGUCUGUUCAGAUUUUUGUUUCAAAACCCUCAAACAGCAUGGCCCCGUUGAGAUGGGUGGGAGGGGGGCGUUUGCACCUGAUUUCAAGCUACCUUUGCUCUGCAGCGCACACCUACUAUGGGAAUGACCUCUGUCUGCAUCUUUGAACCCCUUCAGUUGAAGAGACUAGUUUGUGUGAAACAGGUUCUCUUGGGUGACUCGGCCCCUGUGACUUUGCAAAGGUUCUUGUGCAACUCCCCAUACAUUUAGCAGAGCAAGUGCCUCAAAGCAAUUCUGCAGGUUGCGCACAGAAGUCUAAUAAUGGAGAACAAAGAUACCCAUGCCUUCUUGAGUUUAGCUUGAGUUGAGCUUGGAUUUUAUUUCUGGACUCAUCCAAGCUGGAAUACGGAGGGGAGGGCUACCUACUAACAGAGUAAAUGUUGGGAUUGCAUUAGUGUUGGCUCCAGCACAUUAAAUUCUUGCUUCCUUGUUGCCAACAAGCUGAGGAAUAAUUAGGAAUAAAUGUCUUUGUAAUUUCCUUUCUAAUACUUUUAUCUUGAAUAAAACACUGAUUUUGUUGGAAGAUGUGACUCCAAAAGAUGACAGGGUUUGCAAAGGCCUCUGUUUAAAGGUUGCACUGAAGUCCCACGGGUUUUAAUGGGGUGUUGGUUACAUAUUUUCCUCUAGAUCUGGGGCCGAAAUGUCCAGCUGUUAAGAAUUUUUAAACAAUUCAGAGGCAACUGAAACAAGUUGUAUCUUAAUCUGGCUUUACUGUUUUGUUUUUUUGUAUGGUAUUAUUUCUGUAAAUAUAUGUAUAUGUAACGGG